AUGAAGAGGAGGAUAGGCAGUGUAAACACUCUGCACCAGCAGAGCGCAUCAACACAGAUAAAGUUUGACAGAAUCGACUUGUUACGUGUUCAAAUUCCUCAUAAGGAUCCGUUAGUCGUCAGUUUGACAGUAGCGGAGUGCCUGGUACGACGAGUCCUGAUUGAUCCUGGAAGUAGCGCGAAUGUUAUGCCGAGGGACACGUUCGAUCAGCUUGAAAUAAAACUCGAGAGGCUCAAGCCCACUGCAAAUCCCUUGCUAGGGUUCGAUGGAAAAUGGGUGGAACCCAUCAGUAUGGUAGAAGUCGCAGUGCAGGCUGCAGAAAGGGUUCUGAUAGAAAGCUUUGUAGUUGUUGAGAUCCAUCUAUCUUACAACCUUCUGAUGGUCAGAGGGUGGAUUCACAGAGUUCAGGGUGUUCCCUCAACUUUGCACCAAGUGAUGAGAUGCCUGGGGCCUGACGAAAAUAAGGUGAUUGACAUUCAUGGGGACCAGGUUGCUGUUAAGGAAUGUUAUUCUAUGACACUGAAAUCUGCUGAAAAGGGAAAAGCUCCCAUCCGUUCUGCAAGCCCUAGAUAG